CACCGCCCCCCAAAACCCCGAACUCUUUCUUGAUCUGAUCUCGUCUCUGCUGGAAGCUAAGUUUGUUGCUUGCACCGUCGAGAAGGGAGUUUAGAGAGAGGGAGAGAGAAUUAAGGAAGAGGGUGCCGAGAUGGGGAGGGACAGCUUGCCUACCUUGGCCAUGGUGAUGGUGCAGCUCGGCUUCGCCGGCAUGAACGUGGUGUCCAAGCUGGCGCUCGACACCGGCAUGAGCCCCUACGUCCUCAUCGCCUACCGGAACAUCAUCGCCGCCGUCUUCCUCGCCCCCUUCGCCUACUACUUCGAGAGGAAGAGUGGGAUGAUGAUCACCAAGAAAGUACUUGUCCAAAUAUUCUUCUCCUCCAUUUUUGGCGCGACGCUGAACCAGGUGCUCUACUUCGUGGGGCUCAAGUCGACGACUCCGACGGUGGCGUGCGCGCUGAGCAACACGCUCCCGGCGCUGACGUUCGCCAUGGCGGCGGCGCUGCGGAUGGAGUCGGUGCGGCUGAGGGCGGCCGCUGGGCAGGCCAAGGUGGUCGGCACGGUGGUCUGCGUCGGCGGCUCCAUGAUCAUGCCGUUCUACAAGGGCCCGCUCCUCAGGCUGUGGGCCUCGCCCAUCCACUGGCGGUUCGCCGAGAACGCCACGUCGGGCGCGGCGGCGCCCGCGGCGGGGCACGCCGCCGUCCUCGGCGACGUCCUCAUCAUCCUCAGCUGCGCCGCGUGGGCCGUCUGGUUCAUCAUACAGACCAAGAUGUCGGAGCGGUUCUCGGCGCCGUACACGAGCACGACCAUCAUGUGCCUGAUGGCCGGCGCGCAGUGCGCCGGCGUCAGCGCCGCCAUGGACAGGACUGUCGCCGUGUGGAAGCUCGGCUUCGACAUCAGGCUCUACUCCGUGCUCUACAUCGGCGUGGUCGGGUCGGGGAUCGCGUUCGCGCUCAUGUCGUGGUGCAUCCAGGUGCGCGGGCCGCUGUUCGUGUCCAUGUUCAGCCCGCUGAUGCUCGUCGUCGUCGCCGUCGUCGGCUGGGCCAUCCUCGACGAGAAGAUACACGUCGGCAGCGCGAUCGGGUCCGUCCUCAUCGUCGCCGGGCUGUACGUGGUGCUGUGGGGGAAGGCAAGGGAGAUGGACUCGCCGGCCGACCUCGACGGCGUCGGCGUCGGCGGCGUGGAGCUGCACGGCAAGAAGGACGCCGACGCCGCGACGCUGCCGGUGUUCUGCACCACCACCACCACCACGACGACGGCUCCCAAGCACGAAACCACCCGAAACGGCUGCACCAACUGACUGCACGCAAACGCAACACGUCUCACGGGAAGUUCCAUGUGUAGGAGCAACUGGAGUGAGUACGUGCAUCUGAUCUUGCUAGCGAUAUUGGGGUUUGGGAUAUAGACAUUCGCAGCUAGUUUGUUAGCUAGGUAAAAGGAGGGAAAAAUGUUGGGAGCUGUGAGAGUGUACCUGUGUGGAGGGAUCGAUGGUUUGGUGGCUUGCUUUUCUUGACAUUAAAAUGGAGUGGUAUUUGGGUUCA